AUGUCAUCGUCAUAUGAAUUAUCUAUACCAGAAGCUGAUAGUGCUACCCAAGGAGAUCGCAUUUCCAAGCGACCCAAGCUGCGCAAAGGCACUUUUAGCUGCUGGGAAUGCAAGCGUCGCAAGACGCGCUGUGAGUUCAGGCCGAAAGCCAGCUCUAUCUGUCUCUCCUGCCAGCGCCGUGACCUGCCAUGUAUAAGCCAGGAAUUUCCCGAACCAGGCGAUAAUGGGUUCGAAGAAGUCGAAAAACGCAUCGUCCAUGUUGAGGGCUUAGUGAGCCAGCUCACUCGACAAAGAUCAGCCCGCCUUUCUCGAGAUCGUCUUGGUGUGAACAAUAGACUGCCGCUGUAUUCGUCGCCAUCGGCCCCUCAGGAUGCGCUAUCUAUAUGUCGGUCGCUCAGCGGCUACCUGCACUCGAUACUUUCACAUGAGAAUAGGAUUUCGGUCGUCCUUGGUCACAGGAAAUCAUUUAGUUUAUCUUUCCAAGUCCCCAAGGAGACUUCGCAGCAAAGAAACUUGUGUACAACGGACACGCAAGAGUUGGUCCAGCUUUCUCAGCUGCCACCGUUGACAUCGCAUCCAGUCUUCUUCGCCCGCAAGUUUAUACAACUAGCAAUCUGUCUGCAUCAGCUAGACAGUAUCACGUCCACUCAGCUGGGACUGCAAUUUAACGAGUCCACAUGUGAUUCAGCGCGACGCUACAUCGAGAUUGCGUCCAGCUAUGUCACUUCUAAAGAUUCGCUGGUGAACUCCGUAGAGGGCGUGGAAACCCUCAUCCUAGAAGCACGCUACUAUAUCGCUGUUGGUGAACUACGCCUGGCGUGGCUUGUGUUCCGUCGUGCUCUGGGAAUUGCGCAGCUCAUGCGCCUCCCUCAACUGGCCCAGUCGAAGGCUGGACGUGCGGAAUUCAUGUGGUUCCGCCUUACAUACAGCGAGCGCUUUUUAUCACUGAUGCUUGGCCUUCCACUUACUACUGAUGACGACGUUUGGUCAAUGAAGCAGUUGCUGGCAGCCCACCCACCAUUCGAAAAAUUGGAGCGCACGCACUUCCUUAUCGCGGGACGCAUCAUUUCACGAAACUUGCGCAUCCAAACUCAUUGGGGUAGCCCCAAGGAUGGUUCAAAUGAGGAAUACAAAGAGACACAAGAUAUUGAUCACGAGUUGAAGCAUGCCACUCGAAUUAUGCCAGUGAGCUGGUGGGUAACCCCAGCUCUGAAUCCUGGCGUGACAGAUGCGGAAGUAAUGGAAGUGACCAGCAAGCUCCUUGCGCAAAUGCAUCAAUAUUACCUUCUCGUUUUAACGCAUCAGCCAUACCUUUUGCGUAGCCUUCUUGGGAUCUCGAUGAUGGAGGAGUCAGAGUCUAGUCGCCAUUAUAUCGAUUAUACAUACAGCAAACUUGCCAUCCUCUCCGCCAGUCGUGAGAUACUUUCUCGUUUCAUGCUAGCUCGACAUUUUCUCCGUGAAACAGCAUUCCGUGGCCUUGAUGAUAAGGCAUACACAGCUUCAGUGGCCCUUCUUUUGACACAUCUCGAUGGACACCGUUUAGGGCAAGCAAAUGUCUUUGAGCACCAGCGAUCCCAGGAUUUGGGUGUCAUUCACAAUGUGAUUCAUUUCAUGGAUAAGCUAUCGCCUGAUUCCGACUUUCAAUUCAAGGGUCCUUCGAUUCAAGUGUUGAAGCGUCUCGUGGAUAUCGAGGCUGAUGCAGCGGACGGGGUAAGCUAUAUCGCACGUGGUGGACAAGAUACCAUCCUGCAGGACGAUCACACGGACAAUGAUUAUUUCCAGUUAUCAUUUCCUUACUUUGGAACGAUGAGCCUUGUGCGAAAGGAGCAGUUCGAUUCUUCUCAUUUUAGCCGGGAGACGGAUUAUGUGCCCAUGGCGGUUACUUCUCGCCGGCUAACAAACGCGUACAGCACCGGCUUCAAUCGAAAUAUGGACGCUAAUGUCCUAGCUGCAGCUCCUGGUGCUGAUACUGAAGCUUUUAUCUCUAGCUUUCACUCAGAGCAGCCGUCACUGGCCUAUGUGACAGAAAAUUUAGACAAUGCCCGGGCAUCAUCCUCAUUCCCAGCAUCUGACUUUCAAAACAUUUCAGAUCCCGCCAUCUACACUAGUCUGGGUAUAUCACCAUUGGGAUAUCAAGUGAAUGAAGACUACUUCAAUAUCGAAAAUUGA